CAGUGACAGACACACACACACACACACACACACACACACACAAAGAGAGAGAGAGAGAGAGAGAGAGAGAGAGAGAUGGCUGAGAUUUAUUCCGAGCAUAUAAACUAAAGCAAAUCGUGUGAGAGAGAGAGAGCAGAAGCGGAGGAGUGCAAACAGCUGCAGGUUGUGACUAUGACGAUCCAGUCAGCGAUUAGCAGAGAAAUCUUCACUCCACACAAUGAGAAGUUAUUAACACUGAUUGAAGUGAGGAAGAGGAGAAGAAGAAGACUGACCUUCGUCCCAGCAGGGCGUAAGAGAGAGUACAUCACCUUCCUUUGUCUGUCAGUGACGAAUAAAAGGCCGACUGAAGUUUUUCUCACCAAAGUGAAGCAGUUUGAGAUUUCAGCAGAACUGGAGAAACGCUCACAGUGGAGUCUGGAGCAGCUUCGGCGUGUCGACGGCAUCGACUCCGACAAGGACAGUCCUGAGUUUGACCUGGUGUUUGAUCAGAGAUCUGAUCAGUGGGUCGCUGCAUCAUCAGCAGAGAAAUGCAUGUUCAUACAGAUCCUCUAUCACCUCUGUCAACGUUACUGGGAGAGUCGGGCUGUGCCGAGUGUCACGGCGCCCCCUGGGGGUCAGAAACCCAUGUCCUCCACCACCACCUCCACCUCUUCCACCACCUCCUCCACCUACGAGCAAACAGCUGCCCCGGAGAAAAAGAAGAAGAAACGUAAUGAAGCUCCACCUCCCACUGAGUUCGUCAACUGCCAGGACAAAUUACUGGGAGAUGCCUGCUCAAUAAACUUCGUUAUCUACCGCUGUAAGAUCUUCCUGCACAGGAUGAAGAAAUCCAAGAUCUCUGCUCCAGAACCUCAGAAAGCUUCUCCUGUAAAAGUGGGCGUGGCUAGCUCCUCCCCUCCAGCGCAGAGCAUCAUGGGAGCAGUGGGUCGAAGGGCGAGCCAGGUGUUCAGUGAUCGUGGAGAAGUUAAACAUCUGUCUGAAAAUGUACAAAAGUUUGCUGUGAAGCAUCGGGAUUAAACUCCUUUCCACUGUGUGUGUGUGUGUGUGUGUGUGUGUGUGUGUGUGUGUGUGUGUGUGUGUGUGUGUGUGUGUGUGUGUGUUUAUAUGCCACCAGAAGGCAGUACUGAGUCACUGAGUAUUUUGUGUAUCUUUUAUAUAUUAAACAGUAACACAACAAGAUUGGGCUGAUCUUACACACACACACACACAUGCAUAUAAAUACUGAUAACACACACACACACACGCACGAUCACUCAACACAAUAUUAACAUAUAGAGUAAAAAUAGAGUAAAAAUAAUCACAUUGCUUUACACUCUCAGAGAUCACGUGUGUAUGUGUGUGUGCACACGUUUGUGUGUGUGUGUGUGUGUGUGUGUGUGUGUGUGUGUGUCUGUGUAAUUUAAUUCGCUUUUGAUAGAAAUAAAUUACAAUAUGGAUCAGUGUGAUACUGUAUGAUACCAUGUGAGGACAAAUUUCACCUGAUUAUACCAGGAAAACUUCUCCCUGAUCAUGACACCAUUACCAACAUCAUCACCACCACCACCAACUCCAUCACCACCACCAUCACCACCAACUCCAUCACCACCACUAUCAUCACCAUCACCACC